GUUGUUGUCUGUGCUUGCAGCAUGUGUCAGCAGUUAGAUUUAUGACAUCCGUGUUACUGUGUUAUUUUCUCUCAGUUGAGCUCAACAGACCCAACAUUGUUAGCCAUGUUUCUGAUGGGCAGCCGUGCCAGUCGCAUGAUCAUGCUCGUAUGUACUCUGGCGCUGUUGAUGGAGACGGUCAGAGGUGGCUCUAGCUUCCUCAGUCCUACCCAGAAACCUCCGGGGAAAGGAGACAGAAAGCCACCUCGACUUGGACGCCGUGUUGCAGUUCAACCAGACACUCCACAAGAGUAUGGCCACACUCUGGUCAGUCCUCCUUUUCAACUGGGCCUGACUCUGACUGAGGCCGAGUUUGCAGAACACGGCUCUGCCUUACAGAGAAUCCUUGACAGCAUCCUGGGAGACACAGCAAACUGAUCCUACUGCUUUCUUAAAGUGUGUGUUUGUCCAACACAUCAAUACCACAACACAUCAAACAAUUUCAAUCAAUAAAAUUGACUGAAGCAUGAGUACCUGUGCCUGUGUUAUGUCUCUUUGUUAUGUUUGUCCUCUCAUACAACUGUGGUCUUCACACAAGUAGCUCAAAGACUUCUCAGACAGCAGAGGGCUUUUCCAGGAAAGAAUGUGGCCUUGAAUUGUACAAGAACAGAGCCAAUUCUCUUUUAGAAUCAGCUGUGCAUUCUGUCAUGAAGCAACCUCAUGUUCCAUUAUAUU